CAAAUGUCAGCAGUACCAAAUAGUAGAACGAACUUGAUCUCACUUCUUGUCUUGCAGCCAUUCCUUGGGGUGUUAAUAAUUCCCAAAUGCUACGGAAGCCCUGCUCGACCUGAGGCGUGACUUCCGCGGGGAUGGUUCACGCACGUUGCGGGUGAUCGUUGUCGCUUGUUCUGUCCACGUCUCAAGAGCGUCGCGCGCUCCAGAGAGCUUGACAUGGCCUAUUUAGCCGGCUGGAAAGACAUUCUCAGGCCUAUUCGGGAUGGAUACCGUCACUUUUUUCCUACUCCAGACACAGGCCCCACACCCGAAGAACGCGAGAAGCAGCGUCGACUCGAUCAGCUCAAGGGCUUCACGUACUUUGACACUUUCGAUCAACUAGUUGCCUGGACUGAAGCUGACUCGGAUCCAAUUCAGAAGGCCAAUACACCACUACUAGCCCGUCCGCCUCCUGUCGGUGAAAGUGGAGUACAGAACGCAAACGUUCUAAUCUGUCAUGACUACUCAGGGAAUUACCAUGAUUACGAGUCUGCAACUGCAAUCGGUCUCGAUGAGGAAGCCUAUUGUUGUCAAUACCUCCAAUAUGUAGAGUCGUUCAUUUACUUUUCGCACAAACUUGUCUGCGUACCCCCACCAUCGUGGAUCAACACGUUGCAUAGGAAUGGCGUCAAGGCGUUUGGAACUCUCCUCAUUGAAAUGCAGACUAGAGACACAGAGAGCCUAUUGCGCUCUACCACAAGAAUGGAGAACGGGCAAGAAAGGAAAGACUUUCCACUGGCGAAGCGACUCUCUGAUAUCGCAAGUCAUUACGGCUUUGAUGGCUGGUUGAUCAAUAUUGAAAAACCGUUUCCUCAGAAUAAUCUAGAGCUGGAUCCGUUUCUCCGCCAACUCAAAGAAUUGAUCGGCGUCAAUAAAGAGCUGAUAUGGUACGAUGCCCUCACCAAAGACAACAGGAUAUCUUAUCAGAAUGGGUUGAAUGACAAGAACAUCAUUUUCGCGGCCACUUGUGGCGCUGUGCUCACCAAUUACUGCUGGACAGAAGCCAAUGCUUCAGCAUCGAAAGAUGUCGCAUCGAAGCACAGUCUGCCAAUUGACAAGGUGUACUUUGGCGUUGAUGUGUGGGCGCAAAAUACGGUGGACUUUGGGCUUCCCCGGACGACGUACCCAGAACUCAAAGGCGGAGGGACUAAUACAGGAAUCGCAGUCAGCAAACUCGCCGAAAUGGGGCUUUCUGCAGGUGUCUUUGGCCCGGCAUGGUCUUUCGAACACUUCCCAGGUCAUGGCAGGGAGGCUGAGCGUGCUAUGUGGGAAGGUAAAGCUCUCUGGGAUGGAGCAACAUGCUCUUGCAGAGGCGAAGCCAGCUUCUGCCAUCCAACCAAUAUGGACGAGGCCAUCACAAGAUCUGCUACACAGUAUCCUGCAGGCUCGGAGAGAUUCUUCUACACUGACUUUAGUAGAGCAUUUGCAAUACACGAUGAGAGGGAAGCCCAGCGGUUAUACGACGGCAAGAACAUGCAUUCACAGCUGGGAUCACAGUCUUUACUGCCAAAUUUGGCACCCGCACGUGCAUAUAAUGGUCAGACUCUUAUCGAUGCCGUAGUCAAGAUUGGGAGAUUCAGCCACCUUUCAGAAAAUGUCGAACCACUGUUAUCUGUACGUGGUGCGAGUCACAACUCCGAUCUAGCAAGCAAAGACCAAAUCUUCGAGCGCGAUUUGCCACUUUUCAAGCUCAAUAUGCCAGCAGACGGUUCGUUGCGACUCUAUAUAAGUUGCGAUUCACUGGGAUGCUCGAGUGUUUACCUGAAGUUCUCCAGCGGUAUCAAGUUCGUUCCGAUUAGAGGCUCUGAUCUUCAGAAGCUCAUAACGCUGGAAUGUACUGUUAAGCCUGAUCAGAUUUCCUAUGAGAAUGUUAGACUCCAAGAGCUGGGUGUACGAGUCCGCUCACGCGGUUUCCGGAAGCCGGGAGACUCCUUCCUCAAUAUCUACAAGAUCAGCAUUGUGCCGCAUUCUCAUCCAGAUCUGGGACAAAAGUACUCGAUUGGGAAUGCGCAAAUUGAAAAGCGAGGGCAAGACGACACUGAACAUUGGCGACUGCUUUGGACAUAUACGAACACUCUGGGCGACGAUGAGAAAUCCGCACUUGCGAGAUCCGAGAUACCAUAUAGUAAAGUCACUGGGCCUUUCUCCUACUUUGCAAUGCAGAUAGACGGCGUAGAUCUGGGUAGAGCAUAUGCGCUGGAGCAUGUGCUUCCCAAUGCUUUCGUCGAGAGCUUAGAGGGAGGCUUUAAGGUUGUAUUGAUUGGCGUAGGGUUUGAUGGUAAGGAAAUUUCUCGCUUAGAACAAGAAUGCGUGCUUCCAUUGGCAUGAAAGCUACGAGAAACAUUCUCUGUUGAUUUCAAGGGUUGCCUGCUCCGACAAGG